GAACGCUAUUUAUUCUGAUUUACAUACUCAGAAGAAGAAGAAGCCGAGUCAAGGUGGAUUCGACGUUUAUGCGUCGAACGAGAAAUUGCAAGAGACUUAUGAAGUCAAGAUAAAUUCUUCAUCCUGUUAAAUAAAUGAGGAACAGAGAUUAGCUUAUGGAGAUCUAGAUAAGAAUAAUAGUGCAAAUUUGAUGAUGUGAUACCUGUGAACAUGUCGGAGAAUAAGGUGCAUUUUCGGCACAUUUUGCUUUAUUACUUCAAGAAAGGCAAGCGAGCUGCGGAGGCCCACCGAAAGAUAUGCAGCGUAUACGGGGACGAUGCCUUAACAAAACGUGCCGCUCAGAAAUGGUUUGCCAAAUUUCGUUCCGGAGAUACGAGUCUUGAAGAUGGACCCCGCAGCGGUCGGCCCACCGAGGUUGAUUCGAAUGAUAUCAAGGCACUGGUUGAGCAAGACCGGACGCUAAAGGUGCGAGAGAUUGCGGAGACACUUAAAAUAGGUUAUGGAACCGUACAAAGGCAUUUGCAACAGCUUGGCUACGUGUCCCGCCUCGAUGUUUGGGUGCCGCACAAGCUGACCGAGGAGAACCUGGCCAACCGCAUAUCCAUCUGCAAUUCACUUCUGAAGCGGCACGAAAGCGACCCGUUUCUCAAACGAAUAGUGACUGGCGACGAAAAGUGGAUCAUCUAUGACAACAUAGUGCGCAAGAGAUCGUGGGGAACCGCUGGCGAGCCGCCGAAUGCCACCCCGAAGGCCGGCCUGCAUCCGAAGAAGAUUUUGCUAUCCAUAUGGUGGGAUCAUCGUGGUGUGCUGUUUUACGAGCUUGAGCUGCUUCCUCAGAGAAAAACUUCGAAGAUCUACUGCACGCAGCUAACGAAAUUGAAUCAAGCAUUGCGACAGAAACGUCCAGAACUGAUCAAUCGCAAAGGUGUCAUAUUCCACCAUGACAACGCCAGACCCCACACCGCAAUAAUCAUUCAGCAAAAAUUAGUGCAACUUGGCUGGGAUGUUUUGCCUCACCCACCGUAUUCACCAGACCUUGCGCCAUCCGACUAUCACUUGUUCCGGUCCCUGCAAAACUCCCUCAACGGGAAAUCGUUCGCUGAUCAGACAGCUGUGAAAACGUACCUCGACCGAUUUUUCGCCUCUAAGCCCCAGACCUUCUAUGAGAGCGGAAUAAUGAAAUUGUUGGAAAGAUGGCAAGAGGUCAUCAACAAAAACGGAGAAUAUAUUAUUGAUUAAAAUUCAUCCUUUGUAUGAAAAAAACUUGUUUCAUUUUAGCCUUCAAAAACCGAACGAAUAUAUAUGGAUCCACCCAAUAUUACCAAAGUAAUGACGUACAAUAUAUGGACAAGGAUCAUUUGAUUCGAAAAACUUUUUUACUUAUGUUUUGACUUAAUUAUGGAAUUA